AUUCACGUUCACGGCUCACGUUCCCGAUAGAUGAUGAAAUGAAAAAGCAAAUGGCUACUACAAUCCGACGUACUAAAAUUCCUAUAAAAAAGAAUCCGAUGUAAUUCGAUGAUAAAUGCGCUCUUUAUGAUCAUGAUUAGCAAAAUAAGGCUCUAAAGCUACUAAAGAACUAAUAUAUAAUAAUAUUCCAGGCUAAAAGCUUGCCGAAACUAGGAAAAAUACAAAGAUAUUAAAUCCUAUCAAGUACUAUUUAGGAAUUUCGCUAAUAUAUUGUUUUGUGUGUGAAGCUGAUUCACGUCCGUUUAUGUUUAGUUGAUGUAAUGUGAAGUUAUUGCCCGGGCGGAGCGCCGCCCCACGGCCAUGGAGCGGUACGAGAAGAGGCACAGCAAACACCACAAGGAGAAGCACAAAAAGCGAUUGCACAAAAAGCACAGGAGCUCUAGCGGUACCCAUGACCAAUCUUAUGCAACAGCUAACUCUCACAAGCCGCUGGUGGAGUACUCGGAUGUCAGUUCCGAGGCUCUGUCGGCCCCGGAGGCCGGCGAGAUCGAGAGCGAGGCGAGCUCCAUCAGCCGGCACAUCGCCGACGACCUCGACCGGACGAGGAAGUCCCACUCGAUACGCACUUUCGUCGACGACAAGACGAUAUCAGUCACGACGACGAGCCGACGCAUUGUAGACGAGUACGCUCUUACCCGUGAUUCUUCUUCGGCAGCUUCUAAGAAGAGGCGCAGCUUAGACUUUGUGGAAACAGAGUUGGAGCUAGAAGAUCACCGGUUGAGGAAGAAGAAGGAUAAGCGGAAGAAGGACAAAAGAAAGAAAAAGAAGAAAAGCAAGCACCGGUCGAGAUCCGCUAGCUUAGAAAGUGUGUCUCCGGAUGAUAACUUACCUACUGCUACUCCUGGGAGGCCACCAAGUCCUCAGAGAUAUACUCAAGUGCCUGUGAGCGAAUGGGAAAAGGCCUCAUCUCCAUUGCAGAAUGGUUCUUGCUCACCGGUGUCCCCAUCGACACCGCCGCCACUGGUCAGGGAAGUUCGUCGAGACCCGUCGCCGAGGCUGCGCCCUCCGCUCAUCGCAGAGCCCUUGCAUCCGUUGCCUUACUCUCCCAGAGAGAGAUCUCCACUAAUGAGCCAUAUUGAUACAAGGAGAAGACAAAAAUCCACUACACCACACACGCCGGUCGCGCCCCCGUACCACGAGACCGUGACGAUAGACUCGGGAGACGACCAGGACUAUGAACACAGACGGGAUUACUGGCCUGAACACAGGCCCCAGUCACCAAUUAUGAUAAUUUCUGAUUCCCCUGAACGAGCGAUAUCACGAGGCCGCGGCGACUACAGCCCGCGGCGGCACCGGCGCCGCUCGCGCGGCUCCCCGCGGCGCCGGCACCGCAGCCGGGACAGGGACCGCCACCGGGACAUCAGAGGCUCUGGCAGACGUUCCCCGUCCCGCACAUCGCUGAAACGCCGACGCUCGUUGUCGCGCGGCCGCCGGCGCGGGUCGUCGCCUUCUCCGCCGCGACAUCGGGUUCGACAUCGCGAGCCUUCGCGAGAACGACACAGGCCCAAGCAUGAUUCUCCGAGUCCGCCGUCAGUUCUGCAGCGCAGGAUAGACUUCAAAGAGAAGAUCAGCGAUACAAGCUUGUUCGCUGAACUCGUUAAGGAUAAACAUAAGAGGGCUAAGAAACUACAGGAGAUCCUAGACCAGAAAGAGGAGUCUCAGGGCGCGCUAUCGACCACCACCUCCAUCAACAACCCGGAGGUGCUCACUAUCGACGAGCUUUCCAACGCCACUUCGGACAGCGCCGCGCAACUCAAGGAGAACGGCGACGCCCCCGCCCCCGUACCUGCCCCCGCCCCCGCCCCCGUACCUGCCCCCGCCCCCGAGCACGACGUGGGGGACAUCCCGCUCCCGGGGGCGGGGCCCCCGCCGCCCAUGCUGCCCCCGCCCGAGUUCGGCGCCCUGGCUGCUGAUGAGAACACCAAGGAGACUGUCAAGAGCAACGGAGAAGAGGUGAAACAGCCUACCCCGCCAGCCCCAACCCCAGUGGCAGCACCAACGCCGGCCUUACCUCCCCUCCCCAAAGUGGGGGGUAGCGUGGUAGAUGGCGUCUACUUCAACAGCCAGCAGCCGCCGCCGCCCAAGCCCAAGAGCCUCGUCAAGCUGCCCAUGCCGCCCAACACACAGGUUGACGAUCUAAAGACGCUCGCGAACGAGAGUCCGCUCAGCACGCCGUCACCUAGCCCCGUCAAGAAGCCCGAGAAACCCAAGAAGACUGGAAUCAUGAACUUGCCAAUGCCACCUGUGAUCCCGGGCUCGGAGGAGCUGAGCGGUGAUGAGUUGGACGGCAGCACGCCGCCGCCCGCCGCCAGCGACCAGUACUCGCACGUGUUCAACUCCAGGAAGGGCAAGGAAAAUUCGCUGUCGAAACUAAAAAGGCCGCGGAUCUUGAAACGGCGCGGGUCCAAGGUGGUGCCCGUGGCCACGCCCACGCACCACGCCAAGGACUGGGGCGAGAAGUGCGUCGACGGUUUCCAGGUGAUAACCCAAAUCGGCGAAGGCACCUACGGGCAGGUGUACAAAGCGCGCGACAAAAACACCAGCCAGCUGGUCGCGCUCAAGAAGGUCCGUCUCGAGAACGAGAAGGAAGGGUUCCCCAUCACGGCCGUGAGAGAAAUCAAGAUUCUUCGCCAGCUGAACCAUAAGAACAUCGUCAAUCUGAGGGAGAUUGUCACUGACAAACAGGACGCCUUGGACUUUAGAAAGGACAAAGGCUCAUUUUACCUAGUAUUCGAGUACAUGGACCACGACUUGAUGGGUCUACUGGAAUCCAAGAUGGUGGACUUCACCGAGUCGCACAACGCGAGCAUCAUGCGGCAGCUGCUCGACGGGCUCGCGUACUGCCACAGGAAGAAUUUCCUACAUAGGGAUAUCAAGUGCAGUAAUAUACUUAUGAACAAUAAGGGCGAAGUGAAGCUCGGCGACUUCGGUCUGGCGCGACUGUGGUCCGCCGAAGACCGCGCCCGGCCCUACACCAACAAGGUGAUCACGCUGUGGUACCGGCCGCCCGAGCUGCUGCUCGGCGAGGAGCGCUACGGCCCCGCCGUCGACGUGUGGUCCAUGGGCUGCAUACUGGGCGAGUUGUUCCUCAAACACCCCGUGUUCCAGGCGAACGUGGAAAUGAUGCAGCUAGAGAUGAUAUCCCGCGUGUGCGGCACGCCCGUGCCCGGCGUGUGGCCCAACGUGGUCAACCUGCCGCUCUGGCACACGCUGCGGCCCAAGCGCUUCCACAAGCGCUGCGUGCGCGACCACUUCGCCUUCAUGCCGGCACACGCCCUGUCCCUGCUCGACCGGAUGCUGGAGCUCGAUCCGGAUAAGCGGGUGACGGCGGAAGAUGCCCUCAAGAGCCCGUGGCUGAAGAAUGUAGUACCAGACCAGAUGCCGGGACCGUCCCUCCCAACCUGGCAGGAUUGCCACGAGUUGUGGUCCAAGCAGCGGCGGCGCCAGCAGCGCGAGCACGAACAGAAACCCAAGCCCUAUGGCGAGGAAGCCAAGGAGGCCUUCAAGCAGGACUCUUCCAACCAGUCCGAUGCCUCCUUCAAGAGCGAGCCCUAUAAGGAGCUCCCGCAACCCCAGCCCGACACCGCGCCGCCCGUUAAAUAGUACACGGAGCACUACUACGGACAUUAUG